AUGAAGACAUGGAUCUCCUUCUCCUCCAUCAUCUUCAUUCUAUUUGUUACAAGCUCUUUGAUCUUGGAAAUUGAUCUUACCAAAACAAGCACUACUAUUUUGAAGACAAUUAAAGUCUUCAACAACAACAAGCAACAACCUCAAUUCCCACUAAAUUGCAACAUUACAACAUGUUCCUCAAACUACCCAACAACAUUUCUCCUAAAUGAUUAUCCAGCACCCUCAUCAUCAUGUCCACAUUACUUCAAAUGGAUCCAUGAAGAUCUCAAACCAUGGGAGAAAACAGGAAUCACAAGAGAAAUGGUCGAAAGUGGCCAAAACCUAUCGCAUUUUCGCGUUGUGAUCGUGAAUGGAAAAUUAUACGUAGAAAAAUUUGCAAAAGCUUUUCAAACAAGAGAUGUUUUCACAAUAUGGGGAAUCUUACAACUUUUAAGAUUGUACCCUGGAAAAAUACCUGAUUUGGAAUUAAUGUUUCAAUGUGGAGAUAAAACUCUUGUGGAAAAAAAAAAAUUUCAAGGAUCUGAUGUUUCACCUCCACCUAUUUUUCAUUAUUGUGGAAAGGCAAAUUAUUAUGAUAUUGUUUUUCCUGAUUGGACCUUCUGGGGUUGGGCUGAACUCAACAUAAGACCAUGGGAGACAACAAUGUACAAGAUACAAGAAGGCAACAAGAAUGUCAAAUGGGAGGAUAGAAUACCUUAUGCAUAUUGGAAGGGCAAUCCGUCCGUAUCUAACAUUCGAAAAGAACUCAUCAAGUGUAACGCCUCCAAUGAACAUGAUUGGAAUGCUCGAAUAUUUGGCGUCCGUUGGAAAGAAGAGAAAUCGAAAAGUUUCAACGACACAAAAUUGGAAAAUCAAUGUUCCUAUAGGUACAAGAUUUAUGCAGAAGGAGCAACAUGGUCUGUGAGUGAAAAGUACAUAAUAGCAUGUGACUCCAUGACAAUGUUCAUAGAGCCUAUAUACUAUGAUUUUUUCACAAGAAGCAUGCUACCUUUGCAGCACUAUUGGCCUAUAAGUACCCAAAACAUGUGUGAAGACAUUAAAUUUGCAGUAGAUUGGGGCAACACUCACCUUGAUAGUGCACAAGCAAUAGGAGAAGGAGGAACCAAGUAUGUAAGAGAUAAUUUAAAGAUGAACUUUGUAUAUGAUUACAUGUUUCAUCAAUUAAGUACUUAUGCAAAGCUUUUGAGAUUCGAACCGAAAGUUCCCGAAGGAGCGGUUGAGGUUUGUGCUGAAAGUAUGGCAUGUUCUAUGCGUGGUGCGAGGAAACAUUUCUUGGUUGAGUCCAUGGUGGUGUCACCAAGUGAUGCACCUCCAUGCACAAUGCCUUCUCCUUAUACAAAUGAAAGUCUUCAUCAGUUUCUACAUGAAAAGGAAGAGUUAAUAAGGAAAGUGAAGACAAGGGCAAUGAAUAACAAGUUAUAG